GCCGUCUUCCCGUGCACCAGUGACGUGACGCGCGAACAGAUCCUAUUUUUGAAUAUACCCGCGAACCUUCACUCUUACAACCAUAAAGCAAAUGGGUUUUUUGACGACGACGGUCAUCGAAUAUUCGGCCAGUAUUUUUUAAACCUAAAAGUUUCUUAAGUGGUUUAUUCAAGAAGUUUAAUUGAGAUACAAUAUUUGAAGGUGGAUACUUUCGUGAUGAGAAAGAUGAAAAUUUUCAAGAAGAAACUCCGUUUUUCUAUAGCCUCUAGCUACGUUUAAAUUUAACGCGUUUUAGUUAAUACUUUGUGACAGUUUAUUUCGUAAAGUUAUAAAAAUCUCACAUAUCAGCAGCGACCAAAUCGUUACUUGUAUCGGAUUGAAAACGAUUGGCCACAAUGCGCGGACGAUAUAUCGCACACGUCGUGAGGACGACGAUGUUAGUUUUAUUUAUCACUAUUCCAGUAAUUAACUCGAAAGCAGAAACAACGACAGUGGUUGAUACAACAACAGUAUUUGAACAACAUACAACAACAGAAACAGAAUUAACAACAAUUGUCGAUAACUCAAUACAAAAUAAUAGACAUUCAAGAAGCAAUACCAGAAAUAUAGAUGAUGUAUCUAUGAUGGAUGUGGAUACUGACGACCCACCAGAAGUACACAAUGUUAAGUUCAAUGAAGCAACAGCACUUAAGCCACCAGAAAGCGCAUCAAGAGUGAUAAUGCCAGCGAUUUACAAAAAUAUAACCAAUCUUUUGACUAAUGAAGUUAGUAAUAAAAGUUCUGUGGACAGAGUUGAAGUUACAGCGUCAAAGGAUACAAAGCCUGUCAAAAAAGGUCACCUAAGGGCUCAUGUGCAGUAUGAUGAAGUGACAGGAGAAAUUGUCGAUGGUGAACAUCCUUGCCAUAGAGAAUGCAGAGAAGGAGAGGAACCAAUGAUUUGCUAUUAUCAUUUCAACUUGGAAUGGUAUCAAACUAUGAGCAAGGCGUGCUACGAUUGUCCGUUCAAUGUCACAGACUGUUUUAGACCAGAUUGCAUACCAGCUGACGGUAUGAACAGGGCGUUAAACGUUGUCAAUAGAAAAAUGCCUGGACCACAAAUUGAGGUGUGCCAACACGACCGCGUGAUAGUCGACGUGGAGAACGACCUAAUGACUGAAGGCACGACGGUACACUGGCACGGACAGCACCAGAGAGGCACGCCCUACAUGGACGGGACUCCUUACGUCACGCAGUGCCCCAUACUGCCCGAGACUACCUUCAGAUACCAGUUCAACGCUACGCACGCUGGCACCCAUUUCUGGCACAGCCACUCUGGCAUGCAGCGAGCGGACGGCGCCGCGGGAGCUUUCAUCGUCAGGAAACCUAAGUCGCAAGACCCGCACGGAGCACUAUAUGAUUACGACAGGUCCGAGCAUUAUAUGUUGGUAACGGACUGGAUCCACGAGCUAUCAGUCAGCAUGUUCGUGGACCACCACCACUCCAAGGGUGACAACAAGCCGCCAACUCUGCUCAUCAACGGACUGGGAAGAUUCAAGAUUUUCGAUAAGAGCAACAAGCUGUUUUAUAUGAAGGCUGCUAGCUUUGUUGUUGAACAGGGGUAUAAGUAUCGUUUUCGCGUGAUCAACGCGGAGUUCCUCAACUGCCCCAUAGAGAUGUCAGUUGACGGCCACAACAUCACAGUCAUAGCGUCCGAUGGCUACGACCUGGAGCCGAUCACUGCUACAUCGUUGGUGACUUAUGCGGGCGAGCGGUACGACUUCAUUCUGGAUGCCAACAGUGAGAUCGACAAUUACUGGAUACGCUUCAGAGGCCUCAUGGACUGUGACGAGAGGUUCACAAAAGCGAAACAAGUCGCUGUGUUACACUACGAAGGAGCUAUGGAAACAGAGCCGGAAGGGGACCCGACUUGGGAGGAACUCCACAAUGAAGGAUUACAACUAAAUGCCCUGAACAAGGGUGAAGAAGAAGACGAAACGAUAAGCGUGGCUGAGAUGCGGUCGCUGGCAGGUCCAGACGAUAGUUUGAAGGAAGUGGCCGACUACCAGUUCUAUAUUGCCUAUGAUUUCUACGCGAAAAACAACUCCCACUACCACCGCUCUCCGUAUUAUGGGUUUUAUCAAGUACCACACAAAAAUAGCCGUCUUUAUACGCCGCAACUGAAUCAUAUAAGUAUGAAGAUGCCUUCAAGUCCCCUGCUGCUAACCAGGCCAUCACCUGACAACUUCUGCAAUUCUUCCAGUAUAGCUCCGUCAUGUGAAGAAGGCUACUGCGAAUGUUCCCACGUCUUAUCUGUCAAACUCAACUCUGUUGUUGAACUGAUCAUUUUAGAUGAAGGUGUUACUUUUGAUGCUAAUCAUCCGUUCCAUUUACACGGUCAUAGCUUUAGAGUAGUCGGUUUAAGGAGACUGGCAAAUGAAACGACCAUAGAGGAAGUCAAAGCCUUCGAUGAAGCUGGACUCUUGAAAAGAAAUCUAAAGAAUCCACCUAUUAAAGAUACAGUUACCGUCCCAGACGGUGGGUAUACGGUGCUAAGAUUUAAAGCGGACAAUCCAGGAUAUUGGCUGUUCCAUUGUCACAUAGAAUUUCAUGUGGAAGUCGGCAUGGCGUUAGUUUUUAAAGUUGGCGAUCAUAAAGAUAUGGUGCCUGUACCUAGAGAUUUCCCAACGUGUGGCAGUUACAUCCCAGAUAAUAUGCUAGAGCAUGCAACAGAAAAACCUAAGGAAGAGAGUAAUUUUAUAUCAAUAACUCAUUGGUGGCCUGUUGUUGUAAUGAAUUCAACGUCAUCUGCUAACAGUUCCAAUUCAUUAGUCAGUUUAGUUUUAAUAUGUGGUUUUUGGUUAGUAAAAAUUUGUAUAGCAACGUAAUUUUUUUUAUCCAAUGUAUAAUAUUAAUUCUGGAGAUUCAGAAACAUUGUCAGUACUUAUAUUGUGAUUUUUAUUUGUGUGAUUUGAUGUUAGAUCUACGAUUCAGUAAUUUAUUUAUUGGACAGUACUUACCUUUAUUAUGCAGUAGGUGUCUGGUGCAAUGAUUAACAUAUACUUACAAUAAAACUGUAACUGAACUAUGUCUGUACAUAGGAGAUAUAAUAAAUAAAUGUGACCUUUAAAAACCAUGGAAUGUUUAUGUGAAUAAUUGAUUUCAUUCUUAAUAUUUCUUGGUACAUUCGUAAUAAUGUCAGCAAAUCAACAUUUAGCUACGACCACAUCAGUCUUUGUAAUCCCUGUAAGGAUUCGUAACAUAGCGAUAUGUUACGUUAUGGUCGUUGAAUGAAAGGAAAUUAUUUAAACAACUUUUCACAGGAAUAAAAAAUUAUAUUCUGUAUAAUAAGCAAGGCGAGUGGAGUUUUCAUUUUGAACUUCAACGCUUUUCUCCACCGACCAAUCACAAGGUAGAAUAGUGUCGCGUUGUUCACAAUGAACACACGACGAAUUUAAUGUUAGCGUAAACAGAGAAAACUAUAGACAUCGUUCUUCUUCUAUUUUGGAAAAUAAACGCGAUUAAAAAAAUACAGAUCAGAGCGUUAAUGUCUUUUAUUUACUGUACUUUUAUCUCAUGUGGCCACACUAACUCUUCAUGUUUAUAGUUUUCUAUAUCUUUAAAUGUAAGUGAUAGUUAAGUAAAUGCUUUUGGAAAACUAAAAGAAAUUAUCUUAUCUGUGAUGAAUGUAUACUGCUUGCCAAAUGUUGAACAUUUCGUAUUUAUUUCACGAACUAUGUCGCUGGUGAUAUGUGAUAUUAUAUAGUUAAGUUAAUGUUAGUGUAACUAUUUUAUAUUCAAACUAAGUAUAAUUAUGCAUACGAAA